CUUAUCCUUGUAUUAUUUAGCUGGAAGACUGGCUGGUGAUUUAUCAGAAAGUAUACAGGAAAAACUUGUCCACAUUUGUAAGACCUCAGAUACUGGCUGACUGCAAGUUUCUGGCUUCAAGCUCUGCGAACAAGGUGAACUCUAAUGAACUGUGUUGAUUAAGGAGAACUCCGGAGACCGCAGUAGCCAUGCUGAAGGAGCUCCAGCUGUCCCUGUCGGUCGGCCUGCUGCUGGCCUGUGGCUUCCUCUACCAGGUCACCCUGAGGUCCAGCUGCCUCUUCUCAUGCCUGCCUUCCUCCAAGUCCCAGCAGGGGCCAGAUGCCCUUCUGAGCCAGGGACACAGCAUUGUGUUUCUAGAGACUUCAGAGAGGCGGGAGCCACCCCCACUGGUGUCUUGUGCUGUAGAGUCUGCUGCCAAGACUUAUCCUGAGCAGCCUGUGAUCUUCUUCAUGAAGGGGCUCAACGACUCCACGCAGGUGCCCCCAAACUCCAGUAACCCAGGCUUCUCCCUCCUCUCAGCCAUAGACAACGUUUUCCUCUUCCCUUUGGAUCUGAAUAGGCUGUUUGAAGACACACCCUUGUUUUCAUGGUACACUCGCAUCAACAGCAAUGCAGAGAGAUACUGGCUCCAUGUCAGCUCCGAUGCAUCCCGCCUGGCCAUCAUCUGGAAAUAUGGUGGCAUCUACAUGGACACUGAUGUCAUCUCCAUCAGACCCAUCCCCGAUGAAAACUUUUUAGCUGCACAGUCUUCUAAGGUCUCUAGUAAUGGGGUAUUUGGGUUCUCACCCCAUCACCCCUUCUUGUGGGCAUGCAUGGAAAAUUUUGUGGAACACUACAACUCAGGCAUUUGGGGUAACCAAGGCCCCCGUUUGAUAACGAGGAUGUUAAAGCUAUGGUGCAAACUCAGAGACUUCAAAGAGGUUAGUGACCUCAAGUGUCAGAACAUGUCCUUCCUGCACCCUCACAGAUUUUAUCCCAUUUCCUAUUCACAAUGGAAGAGCUACUAUGAAGUCUGGGACCCAGAACCAAGCUUCAAUAACUCUUACGCUCUGCAUCUGUGGAACCACAUGAACCAGGGGAAGAGGACUGUGGUUAAAGGAAGUAACACCCUGGCAGAAAAUCUCUUCCGCAAGUACUGUCCUACAACUUACAGGUACCUGGUUCAAGGCCCACAAAGGUCAGUGACCAGGGCCACAUAACAACAGAGCCAACCCUGGGUUACUGCUGUUAGUGAAACUAGAUGCCUCCUAGCUGCCAUAUUGUCACUGAUCUCCACGAUCUCCAGGGGUUUGGUGCUUACCCACAUGUCAGGAUUAGCUGUCCUUGUCUGAAACAGAAUCAGCCCAAAUAACAGUGGCUAUGAAGCAUAGAAAUGUAUUUCUCUCUUAUAACAAAGAAGUCUGAAGGCAAGUAAUUUAGGGCAGGUACAGUUACAGUGGUCACACAGGACCCAGGUUUGUUUCUGCUUGUUAUUCUUAGUGUCCAUAGCCCAGGGCCCAUGUAUAUGUUGGACUUUUGUCCCAUCAUACUGCAUUUCAGGCAGUAGGAUGAAGGGAGAAAGAAAAGUAUACCAUUUUUAUUUUAUAAAGACUGCUUACAAGAAUCAAGUGAGUGCAAGUACCACUUUGCCUGGUAUCUCGUGGCCAGAAUAUAGCUGCAAGAGAGGCUGGGUAUUGGAACUUUUGCUGCAUAUUCUAGUCAAUACUAUAAGAGUGUGUCUAGAACUUGUUUUAACAUUGACUGGGAAAGAGAGAGACUUGAUUUCUAGGCUUGAUUUUGACAUUUACAUUAGUCUAUUUUCUGUUGCUAUGAAGAAAUAUGUGAAAGUGGGUAAUUUAUAAAGAAAUGAGGUUAAUUUUGCUCAGUUUUGGAGACUGGAAGUCCACGUUUGGUGGCUCCAUCUGUCUGGCCUCUGGUGAGGGCUUCUUGGAUGACGGCAUCACAAUAGCAAGUUGCUGAGACAGGAAGCCAGAGUGGCUCAGGGCCAGGCUUCCUCCUUCCCUAACAAUCCAUUCUUGUGGGAACUAUGAAGGACCCUGUGAGAACUGUACUAGUCCUUUCCAGGAUGGACCCCAAUAACCUGAACAGCUCCCACUAGGCCUCACUUAACUAUUUCACAACCUCUCCACAUUGCCACCGUGGAGCCCAAGCCUCCAGCGUAUGCAGCAUCCAGAGAAACAGUAAGCCAUAUCGGAACCACAGCAACAUUCAUUAAUGUAUCAGUCAAUAAAUAUUCAUCCCUUUCUGUGUGCCAAGCACUACUUUAGGGGCAAAGAUGCAGUUAGAUCAAGCAAGCUUCUUGCCUUAGCCUCAGGAGUGCUGGGAUUACAGGUGUGCUCUACCAGGCCUGGCCUUCUGCUUCUAGACUCAUAAAAAUUUGUCUCCUUUAUUUUGAAACAUAAUGCUGUACACUAUAUAUAUUUAAAUUAAAAAGUGAAAAGUAAAGUAUUUGCCUCCUCUUUCAAAAGAUACAAAUACUCAUCAGCAAAGAUUUUUUUGGUACCGGGGAUUGAACUCAUGACUUUGCACUUGCCAGGCAGGCACUUACACCAUUGAGCUAAAUCUCCAGCCCUCAUCAACUAAGAUUUCCUAGAAUUUUCCUUUUGGUAAUUUAAUGAAUGGGAAAAAUUUUUAGAUUUUUCUCUGAAUAUAAAAAUAUGAUGACUUAUUAAAGUAUACUUGGCCAGUUUCUUUUAGUCUAAUACUUCUCAUUUUAAGAAUCACUGUUUCCAUUGUUAUUAAUAAUUACUCACAAGUUGUAUCUCCUGCUUCAGGCUUAUGCAUUGCUCUGGAAUUUCUGACACCCCAGUCAGGUUCUGGAGCCUCCCCAACACCCCAUGACCAAGCUCUGGUGUCCCUGGAAGGUGGGCUGGUUUUCAGCUCUUCACAGGUGAGGAUUACUAGGGUCAGCCUGCUCAGGACAGCAGGGUCACAGACACUGACCACAUCAUUGUCAUAUCUAGAGGAAACCCCACAAGUAGUCCUUGCUGGUAACAUCCCUGACUGCUAGGGUUUUGAAGAGCCUGAUUAGAAAUAUUCACAAUGUUUCAAAAUAUAUGCGAGUGUCGUGUGAUGAGACCUAGUAGGUCAACGCAUGUGUCAUGUUUCCUGUGUGGGACUGGGAUUAUACUAAUUUACUGUGACAAUAAUGACAACUAGAUGUUUAUCAGGACCUUUGCCUGCCAGUAAAGUAAGUUUUUGAUUAAUGAAAGGUGAGAAAUAAAUUAGUAAACUACUAUGUAAUAACUGCGGUUUAUAUGGUAGAAAACAGUAAUUCAAAACAUGGGAAUGAUGUUGGGGAGAAUUAGUCAACGUAGUCUUCAUGCUAAAUUUGGUGAAGUUGAGUUUCACACCUUUAAUUGGCAGUACAUGUUUUCUUAUUCUGUAAAAUAUCUUUUGUCCAUUUUUCUGUUGUUUUCUGUUUUUUAUUGAUUUGUAACCACUCUUCAUGUUAAGAAUAUAAAUAACAUUUUUAUGUUGCUA